AUGACCUUCUUCAUUGCCGAUACCACAGCCUUGAAGAACCGUGCUUUUUGGAUCACUUACGCUGCUUCUCCAUACCUGAUUACACCUUGGAUCUAUGGUUAUGCUGCCAAUGAGAUCAUUGCUCCUGGUGGUAUUGGAUAUCGAUGGGGCUUUUGGUUUUGCCAUCAUAAUGCGCAUCAUCAGUGCUCCCUUAUGGGCCUUGUGGUACUAUAA